CGACAUCCAUCCACGCCUCAUCAUGGCCGAUCAGCACGAGAAGGCUUUCCAGAAGCAGGACGCUGUCUUCCUUGGCAACAAGAGGGCCCUCAAGUCCAAGAAGGGUCUUCGCUGGUUCAAGAACGUCGGUCUUGGAUUCCAGACCCCUAAGGAGGCCAUCGAGGGAACCUACAUCGAUAAGAAGUGCCCCUUCACUGGCAACGUCAGCAUCCGUGGUCGUAUCUUCCGCGGUAUGGUGAUCUCUAACAAGAUGGAGAGGACUAUUGUCGUUCGUCGUCAUUACCUUCAUUACAUCAAGAAGUAUAACCGUUUCGAGAAGAGGCACAGCAACACCGCCGUGCAUUGCAGUCCCUGUUUCGAAGCCAAGGAAGGUGAUAUCGUCACUUGCGGUCAGUGCCGUCCUCUCAGCAAGACUGUGCGUUUCAACGUGUUGAAGCUCGAGAAGAACCAGAUCUUCGGUACCGCCAAGAAGCAGUUCCGUCUGUUCUAAAAAGCCGUAACUCAUAGCUGGAAUGAAGGCUGAUGGAUGAUAACGGUCGUUUGGGAAGAUAGCUUCUUUCCG